ACCAUUUCUUGUCCCAUUUUGCCUAGAUAAUAACGACCAUUUUCCUGUCCCUUUCUACCAACUCCCACGACUUCUCAUCUAUCUCUGCAUCCCAUAAUCUCCAGGGUUGAAUCCUGUGAAUCGAAACUGAUCAGCUGCUUGGAAGUCUGGAGAUCAGGUUAGAAUCCAGAUAUGGAAGAGGAGAGCAGCAAGAGAACAGCACCACCUCCUCCUUCCAAGGGCUUAUUGCAGACUCCAGAGUUAUACCAGUAUGUUCUGGAGACGAGCGUGUUCCCGCGGGAACCACAGCAGCUCAAGGAAUUGAGAGACCUAACCGCCACGCAUCCCAGGGCGAUGAUGGCUACUGCGCCUGAUGCCGCUCAGCUAAUGGGACUCCUCAUCAAACUGAUCGAUGCGAAGAAAACCAUUGAAGUUGGAGUUUUCACUGGCUACUCACUUCUUCUCACCGCUCUGUCCAUUCCCCACGAUGGCAAGAUCACCGCUAUUGAUAUGAGCCGUGAGUCCUACGAGAUAGGGCUGCCCGUAAUCCAGAAGGCAGGCGUCGAGCACAAGAUCGAAUUCGUAGAAUCAGAAGCUUUGCCUGCCCUCGAUAAGCUGGUCAAAGAUGAAGGGAAUGAAGGGAGCUACGACUUUGCUUAUGUGGAUGCUGAUAAAGUUAACUACUGGAACUAUCAUGAGAGGCUGAUGAAGCUGGUGAGGGUUGGAGGGAUCAUUGCCUAUGACAACACUCUCUGGGGAGGUACUGUUGCUAUCCCUCCAGAUUCUGUAGCGGGAAGCCACAGAGGCGGCACAGAAGCUACAAUUCAGUUCAACAAAUCGCUUGCAGCAGAUCCUCGCGUCGAUAUUUCGCUCACUCCAUUGGGUGAUGGGAUCACCAUUUGCCGCAGGAUCUACUGAAACCUUUUAACAUGUUUGCACCUCGACUCUUGUUACAUUUCAGCAUUGACUCUUUACUUUGUUGAAGAAUAAAGUGGUACCAUUGAUUCAUCAUAGAGGCCAUACUCUUGUCAAUGAAACAAGUCCUGACAUAA